UAGAUUUCAGCAGUCCAAGAUGGCGGAGGUGAGCGGGUUGAGGAGCAGAAAUCACUUCGAUCCCAGCGGCAAAAGCCGAGUCGUUGACGAAGGCUUGACUGGCGUGGAAGAUGUCCCCAUUUUUCGGCAUAAGCAGAAGCCUCCUUUAGCCAAGCCCGAAGACCUGGAUGAUGAAUUUCUUCCCAGGACCAUGGCCUCAAACUCAGGCAAAAAUGCCACCCUCACCCCCACACCAGAUGAAGGGAUUCACGAAGAUGAGGCUGUUAUAGAGGAGGAAAAGGCCAGGCCCGUCCAGAUUGUCCUGGCCAAUGAGGAUGAGCACAGCUUCGAGCUGGACGCUGCAGCGCUGGAAAAGAUCCUGCUGCAAGAUCAUGUGAAGGACCUGAAUGUGGUGGUCGUGUCUGUGGCUGGGGCCUUCCGCAAGGGCAAGUCCUUCCUGCUGGACUUCAUGCUGCGAUACAUGCGCAAUCAGCAGAAUGAGCCGUGGAUAGGGGGUGAUGAUGAGCCCCUGACAGGGUUCACCUGGAGAGGAGGCUGUGAGAGAGAGACCACGGGAAUUCAGAUCUGGAGCGAAGUGUUUGUGGUCGACAAGCCAGAUGGAAGCAAGGUAGCUGUACUCCUCGUGGACACUCAGGGAGCAUUUGACAGCCAGUCCACCAUAAAGGACUGUGCUACUGUGUUCGCCCUCAGCACAAUGACCAGCUCUGUACAGGUGUACAAUCUCUCCCAGAACAUACAGGAGGAUGACCUGCAGCACCUGCAGCUCUUCACAGAAUAUGGUCGACUGGCAAUGGAAGAGAUCUACCUGAAACCUUUCCAGUCCCUGAUGUUUCUGAUUCGUGACUGGAGUUAUCCGUAUGAACAUGACUAUGGCCUGGAAGGAGGCAACACUUUCCUGGAGAAAAGACUACAGGUAAAACAGAACCAACAUGAAGAGCUGCAAAAUGUAAGGAAGCACAUCCACUCCUGCUUCUCCAACAUCGGCUGCUUUCUGCUGCCGCAUCCGGGCCUCAAGGUGGCCACCAACCCGUACUUUGACGGCAGGCUGAGAGACAUCGACGGUGACUUUAAGAGGGAGCUCGCCGAGCUCGUGCCUCUCCUCCUGGCCCCAGAGCAGCUUGUAGAGAAGGAGAUCGGAGGCAACAAAGUCACCUGCAGAGAUCUUCUGGAGUACUUCAAGGCUUACAUAAAGAUCUACCAAGGCGAGGAGCUGCCUCACCCUAAGUCCAUGCUGCAGGCAACAGCAGAAGCCAACAACUUGACAGCUGUGGCAGGAGCCAAAGACAUGUACAGCAAGAACAUGGAGCAAGUCUGCGGUGGGGACAAGCCAUACAUCGCCCCGGCUGACCUGGAGCGUUGCCACGAGGAGUUUCGCAACCACUCGGUGCGUUACUUCCGCUCUGUGAAGAAAAUGGGCGGCGAUGAGUUCUGCCAACGCUACCAGAACCAGCUGGAGUCCGAGCUGGAUGAGGCCUACACCAACUUCUCCAAACACAACGACGGCAAAAACAUCUUCUAUGCAGCACGCACACCCGCCACGCUAUUCGCGGUCAUGUUUGUCACCUACGUGGUGUCUGGGGUGACGGGCUUCAUCGGUCUGAGCACCUUAGCGGUGCUGGCUAACCUGGUCAUGGGCGUGGCACUGCUGACGCUCUGCGCCUGGGCUUAUGUGAAGUAUUCUGGAGAGUUCCGGGAGGUGGGAACGAUGAUAGAUCUGGUGGCCGAGACACUCUGGGAACAGGUUUUGAAGCCGCUAAGCGAACAUUACAUGGAAGACAACGUCAGGCAGACAGUGGUUAACUCUCUCAAAGCCAGCUUGACAGAACAGGGCUCGCAGCACACCAAGUUAAAGACUCACUGACGCUCUUCCUCAUCCUCCUCCUCAUCUCCCCGACUGUGUUCAUUAUCCCCUGCCCCCGCCCACUCGCUCAGUGUGUUUAGUCCUAGAACUGUGGAACUAGUUCAACACCAAAGCUGACCCCCUCCCGGCUGCACACACACACACACACACAAAUGCCCAUCGUGACAUCACUGACCUUUUUUACAUGAGCAGCAUGGACCUGCAGGCUCGCUGUCUGUCCUGCUCUUCAUCGCCCCCCAGUGCCUCAGAGCAGGAACUGCAUGUUCAUGAGAGGACUGAGCAGAAAAGCCAGCAGCGUCGCCUCUCGCCAAAACAGGACCUGAAGGAAGAUCGUCACCUCCUGUGUGCCACGCUGUUAUAGAUGUUGCACGCUGUAGGCUGACACAGACACACACGUUUGCUGGUAGCGGACUUCACUCGCUUCAGGAUUGAGCUGUAAUUCAGGGAAAACUGACACCGCUGUGGGCAGCUGUUAUCAACAAUGGAUGCAAACUGAAAACACUUUUCUGUGCAUUUAAUCAUUUUGUCUUACAGCCGGAUGGUUCAGAGCUCAGCUUACUUUCUCCUCAGCCUGUGAAAUAACGUUUCCUACAAGCACAAGUGACUAAUCGACUAAUCGAAGAUUCAAAAUGAGGUGUUUUUUUUUCUUUUUUUGUUAUUUCAGUAAAAUCAGGCAAACCGAUUUUAUUGGUUCUACUGAAGUAAAAGUAAAUUAACUUCUUUUUGUCAUGGACAAGCUGGAGAGGCCUGUCCUGGCCUGUCCUGGUAAAUUCAUCCGUCUCCUUGUACAAAACUGAAAUGAACAGAUCGGUGGGGGAAAUCAAGUAAAACUUCUGUUUUUUUCUUCUGAAAAGAAGAAAAAAACGUUUGUUCGGCUGGUUGUUCACUUGCCUGCUGCCUUCAUCCAGUUUUUCCCCACCCUAAAUUUGGAAGGUGUGUGAACCAGGUAGCACUUGUAUAAUCAAACUGGGCUCAGGCUGCUUCUAGGCAAAACCUCUGCACAUACCUGUCUGUCCCUUUAAUGCUUUGUGAUUGUAAUACUGAAGAGGAGUGUAGAAGCCUCAGGUCUCUCAGCUGAAUCUUUUGUUUUUAUUUUAGAACUGACGCGUUAUAUCAGGCCUUUAGUGUCUCAUAGCAGACCUGCAAGUGGUGUUAAGAGCUAUUGCGUUGUAGCCUUAAGUUAGCUAAGAGCUUUUAGAGCCCAGCUAUGGUCAGGGAGGGUUUUUCAUUUUGAACCAUUUCCACCGCCUUUCAUUACAUCUGCACUCGCUCUGGCUGUUCUCAUAUUUUGUAGGACCUGCCGGCUGUAAUAUUGAUUCUUGCUCUUGGGGAGUUAAGAGGUGUAGAUCUGAUGUAGAUCAAAUGCCUCUGAAGGAAUAGUCUGACACUUUGGAAAGUAGAAGGUUUAUUUGCUUUCUAGGUGAGAACUAAAUGAGCCACUCUCAUCUGAUGGAUAAAUACGAAGCGACAGCCAACAGCCAGUUAGGCUUUUUUAAUUUUUUUUUUUUCUUGUUCUGUUUUAUCCAAACAAGACAAACAUGUUGAUUAGUGAGCUUUAAAGGUGCUGGUAGGUGAAUUAUUUUGCAUUUGACAGUCAGGCUAGGCUGAGCUAACCAGCUGAUGGUUGCAGCUUUGUAUUUAACUGACAGAUGUUCUGGCAGUUAAUUAGCCAAAAGUGAAUAAGCGUAUUUCCCGAAAAUCUGAAUUAUUCCUUUAACUGACAACAUAUUAUUUUAUCCACAUUUUUUUCUUUCUCUAAAAUUAAAUCUGAAUCUGUGGACUUUUAUCCUUCUCUCCUUUGUGAAACAUUAUAUAGUCAAUUCUCCAUUCCCAAAAGCAGCUCGAUAAAAUGUGGUUUCUCCACAACAGGAACUUGACUUAAAUGAAGAAAUUUGCCCCUUAAUACUUUGCUGUCGUUCACACACUAACAGCUGCAUCACAUCUGUCUGAGCUCUUUUGCAUCGAUUCCAUCCACAGUAUUUUUCACCUUAAGCGCCAGUCUCGUAUGAUACAGUGUCUCUUUUUCUGUGUUCACAUAUGACAGAUCGGGCAUGUAUGUUGGAUUAAAUAUUUAAAUAAACUUUGUAUACAUUUUAUAGUGAAUCAGUUGACAGUGGCUCUGUUCUUUUUUUUUUUUCCUUCUUGAUCAACUUAAGUCUGGUUUGUUAGAGAAUGAUAAGUUGCUGCUGUAGGGUUUACAUUAGUUUUGUCAUUUUUGUGAGGAGGGACGUUAAUAGAAACACGUGUGAGUAUUUGGAUUCUGAUAAACUGAUUGUGACGAGUGGGGUUGGAGACGAUGUCUGUCUGCCUUUUAAAGAUAUCUCUGGUAAUUUAUUUUUGAAUAAAAUGUUUACCUUAAGAAUAAAUCAUCAAUACAA